CCUGGCUCAGACGGUCACAGAAGGACGUCCUGCAGAAGAGAGUAGGAGCAGCAAGUCCUGAGAAAGAAAACCAUGGCCAAGGAGUGGGGCUACGCCAGCCACAAUGGUCCUGAACAUUGGCAUGAAAUUUACCCAAUUGCCAAGGGAGACAACCAGUCUCCUAUUGAGCUGCAUACCAAAGACAUCAAGCAUGAUCCCUCUCUGCAGCCGUGGUCUGCUUCUUAUGACCCAGGUUCGGCAAAGACCAUUUUGAACAAUGGAAAAACCUGCAGAGUUGUUUUUGAUGACACCUAUGAUAGAUCAAUGCUGAGAGGGGGCCCACUCACUGCACCCUAUCGACUGCGCCAGUUUCACCUUCACUGGGGCUCAUCAGAUGAUCAUGGCUCCGAGCAUACCGUGGAUGGAGUGAAAUAUGCCGCUGAGCUUCACAUGGUUCACUGGAACCCCAAAUAUGGCACUUUUGGAGAAGCUUUGAAACAGCCUGAUGGAAUUGCUGUUGUGGGCAUUUUUCUGAAGAUUGGACGUGAGAAGGGGGAAUUUCAGAUAUUGCUUGAUGCAUUGGACAAAAUUAAGACUAAGGGCAAGGAUGCUCCUUUCACACACUUUGACCCAUCUUGCCUUUUCCCGGCUUGUCGGGAUUAUUGGACUUACCAUGGCUCCUUCACCACUCCCCCUUGUGAGGAAUGCAUUGUUUGGCUUCUUCUGAAGGAACCGAUAACUGUGAGCUCGGACCAGAUGGCCAAACUCCGAAGCCUUUUCUUCAGUGCUGAGAAUGAGCCUCCUGUGCCCAUGGUGGAUAACUGGCGCCCUCCUCAGCCUCAGAAAGGCAGAGUUGUGAGAGCCUCCUUCAAAUAGAGCCAUCUUCGAAAUGGCUGCAAAAGCAAGGGAGUCAAUCCCCCAAUCAAUGCAUAGCUAAAUUGCACCUUCUUUUCAUGCUCUACACUCAAAACUCCUUUUUUCCAACUGUAAAACUGAGCAAUGUCACAAAUUGAUAUGCUAAAAUCUUCAGUUUCUAAUCUUAAAAUGAAAACAAAACAAAACAAAUGAAAGAAAAGGUCAUGUUUGAUUCUUUAUAACAAUUGUCUUUAACAAUAAUGAAAAUUAACACAUCUAGACAUGUUUUGAAGAAGAAGAGAAAGGAAGGGAAAAGACAAGUUGUAAUUGAUGGCUGGUCAAAUAUUUUCAUAAAUUACCAGCCCUUAACUUUAUUUUUGGUUUUACUGUGUCCGUACUAUGAGUUUCCAUCUUCAUAGAAGUAAUGUGUAAUCCAUCAUGUAAGAAUAGCAGCCUGUGGAAGGCAAAUGAUCAUAAUAUGCCAGAGUUAAAUUAAAUUGGUCAUGAAUUGCAACAAUGUUUUGAAGUUUUAAAUGAAAUAAAAGAGAAACACAAAUCUGAAGGAGAAAAGAAAUAGCAACUACUAUAAUUGAUUUAGCUUGAUAAUCAAAGUUAACUUUCUAAAGAAAUGGAAAUGUCUGGUUUAAUCCCAGGAUUAAUUGCAAUGGUGUUUCUUCUUCAUAAUGGUAAAUGAUUUUCUAUGUAGACUUUCUUGCCCAGCAUGAGGGCUAUGGAGCUGUACUCCUCCUACCUGUAUCUUUGCAUGCCUAUACACAGCUGACUAUGAUAGCCUUCUGGAUUCUGUUGGACUCACUGAUCUCAUGGCCACACCAUGCAGGAUUGUAUGAUUGUGCCUGGAAUAAUAGCAAUGUCAUAGAGUGCCAACCCAAAUAAAGACUCGUAUUGAAAAUGA